AUGAGUUUGUCUAGUGAAGCAAAAAAAUGUUUAUGUGAAUCAUUACAUCAACAGUAUCUAAAUCAAAAGUUGGCUGAAUAUAAUAAAGCAAAAAAGCUUUUCAUAGAUUUAACAGAUCUUAACUAUAAACCUGGCCAUAGAAAUCAUAUGUAUUAUAAAUAUUUGCUUUCAUCCAAUAAUAAAAAUGAUACCGCACUUUUAGAAAAAUCAACCUCUUGCCCAAUACUUGAUAUUGAUGCCAGACAGAAACCCGAUCCUACCAAUUCUGAACUACCUUCCUUAGAUAGUGAAAAAAUUUCUC